CGUCAGUAAACAGGAAGUGCGUGUUUGGUGGCUGCUGUGAUGGAGCUCUCACAGUGAUGCGAUCAGUGGUAAUGUUUUCAAGGACAUACGUAAAAACUGGAGUUAUUUCCGUCGUUAUAUCGCCGUGAUAGAUGAGUCAUAAAUAAAUGUGAUGUAUAACGUGCAGCUGUGAACGCAGUCUCUGCUGACGCUGGUAAACCCAGCUUCACGACGGAGCUAACAAGCUAAUAUACGCUGGACAGAUGGCAGUGGAGCUGGAUGUGUUUGUGGGUAACACCACGAUCAUCGAUGAGGAGGUUUAUCAGUUAUGGCUAGAUGGACACACAGUGAAUGAUGCAGUCAAGGUGCGAAUGGACGGAGGCGUACUGGAGGAGUUUGAGGCCAGUGCAGAUGUUCUGUUGAGUGACACUAUGGACCAGUACAGGACCUUUCAUAUGUGUGAGCGUCUGUUGCAUAGCCCAGCCAAACUGGCUAACCAGCUGCUGUUCCAGAUUCCACCUCACAGGCAGGCCAUGCUGAUAGAGAAAUACUAUGCAUUUGAUGAUGCAUUUGUCCGUGAGGUCCUAGGCAAGAAACUUUCAAAAGGAACCAAGAAAGACCUGGACGAUAUUAGUGGAAAGACGGGUGUUACGCUAAAAAGCUGCAGACGACAGUUUGACAACUUCAAGCGUGUUUUCAAAGUUGUGGAAGAGCUUAAGGGCCCCCUGGUGGAGAACAUUCGUCAGCAUUUUCUUCUCUCUGACAAGCUUGCAAGGGAUUAUGCUGCGAUAGUUUUCUUUGCCAACAAUCGUUUUGAGACAGGCAAAAGAAAACUGCAAUAUCUCACUUUUCAGGACUUUGCUUUCUGUGCUGGGCAACUCAUCAAUAAUUGGACAGUUGGGGCUGUUGAUAACAUGGUAGAAGACAUGGAUGUAGAUCUCGACAAAGAAUUUUUGCAAGACUUGAAGGAGCUGAAGAUUCUAAUCACCGACAAAGAUUUGCUCGAUCAGCACAAAAGUUUGGUCUGUACGGCUCUCAGGGGAAAGACAAAAGCUUUUAAUGAGAUGGAGGCUAAUUUCAAGAAUCUUUCUAGGGGCCUUGUUAAUAUUGCUGCAAAGUUAACCAACACUAAAGAUGUCAGAGAUUUCUUCAUCGAUCUUGUGGAGAAGUUUAUUGAGCCGUGCCGUUCUGACCGCUGGACAGCUGCAGACAUGAGACUCUACCUAACUCACUACACCAACUCUGCACACAUACUUGACUCAUUCAAGCAUCAGGGUGUGUGGGACAGAUACAUGGGUGUCGUCAAAAGUUGUAUCUUCAAAAUGUAUCACGACUGAAGCAUUUUCUUCUCGGCCUGCCCCCCCACCCCAUCUUCUGUUGGUUUGUUUUCCAUCAGUUCCUUUCAGUGAAGCCUUUUUAUUUUUAGUCUUGUGCUCGUGUGUUCCGUCAGUACUCACGAAUUCUACUUCUGAAACAUCACUGUAAGUAAAUCAGUAAAGCUUAUUUUUAUGGUGUUUUUCACACACAGAUGGUCACAAAGCUCUUCACGGUUAUAAAUUAACUUGAAGGUAAACUCACUUUUAGCCCGCUGUUUGCUCCACUAGACUCUCGUCACAGUGUCUGUAAAUGUAAAUAAAAAUCAGUCUGAUUCAAUGAAAACUUCAUUCUCUUAUGUUAUUAUAUCAAAUUGGUUUAUAUACAUAUAUAUAUAUAUAUUUUUUAUGAGUGAGAUUACAGACAGAAAGAGAGAGCACGAGAAAGCUAUCAAAAUGUAAGUGGACAUUUAAAGCCCCGUUUCAGUGCAGCAGUAAUUAUUAAUGUGUUGGACAGUGAACGCGAUCAAUAGGUUACAGAUGUAAUGAAUUGAGGCAUCAGCGAGUGCGUGGGUUUGCCUGUGUUUGGUCAUGGGAAGAUGGGAGCACCCAGGGGGGAACAUUUGGUCAAGCUUAGGGAGUCGCCAGUGAUUUGAGGCUGUGAUUUUUAACAACACUCCUUGUAAUGACAGCUGUCAUCGCUACCACCACCCACAAGUGAAGGAAAUACAAACAGGCCUAGCCUAAUUUUAUGCUAAAACACUGUACCUAUACUGAAAAAAAAAUCAUUCAAGUUGUUCUGAUUUUAAUCUUCCGUGAAGACCAUCAUGCCUGGCGGACUGUCCAGAGUGUUCCUGUCUCAUGUCCAGUGACUACUGGGAUUGGCUCCGGUCUUAACUAGAAUAAUCAGGUUUAGAAAAAGGAUGGAUAAAGACCAUUGUUUCAUAAUAGGUGCAGAUAUAAAAAAAAAAACAUUUGGAAAUGAACCCCUGCACACUAAUGUCACAGACAUACAGUGCAACAAAGUUUGAAUGUUGGUCAGUAGUAAUGACAGCGCUUUAUAUUUAGUAUUUUAAUCCACAAAGCGUCAUCACUUUAUUCUGCGAAAAACGCUGACAAAUUUUCCAAGCAUGCCUCUCUCUCUCUCUCUCUCUUCCACUCUCUAAUUUUUGUCCACAUUCCAUUAACGUCUCUCUCCAGUGC